AAUAUACUGCCGGGUCGCUGAUACAAAUUGCACGUACUCAACAAACUGGACACUGAAUUGGGCUGUUCAGCUGUUGUAUCUGUAAUCACUUCAGGAGAUGGUUUACCAGGCUGGAACGCGCAGGUACCAAAGCGCUGGGAGUAUGUUGAAGGCUGGUGAUGGCUCAAGGAUUUUAAGAAGCUGAAUCCAGAGGCAAACAAACUCCGUUGUAGUCUAGCUGGUUAGGAUACUCGGCUCUCACCCGAGAGACCCGGGUUCGAGUCCCGGCAACGGAAUUUUUGUUUUUUUGUUUUCCAUUUUCCGGACCUACACUUUUACUGAUCUUUUCUGAGUUUUUUUAUAUUUUCUGGACCUCACCUUUACUGCUCUUUUCUGAGUAUUUUUUUUGCCACACGUAAUUCUUCCGUUCUUCGUUGAACUUUUGAUACUUCAGCUUUAGACACCUCAGUUCUGAGUGUGAUAAUGGGGCACCAAGUCACCAACGCAUUUCAAAAGGGACAAGAAAAAAAAGGAUGCCUUGCUUCCUUCCCUCCAUUUCCCCUCUCUCCUCAGCUCAAAAAGCGCAGCCACCCCACCCACACUUCAUAUCCUCGUCUCCGUCCACACCUGCAUCGGCUUUGCACCCGAACUGCGGCUGCUGCUGCGAAGGCUAUAAACCACGGCCCCUGCCACGGCUGCCUUCGCAAGCGUAGCGCAGGCAUGGGCAACGUCGUCGUCUCGAGCGUGCAGGUCCGGCGGCGGCUGCCUGCGGUGGAGGAGCGGCUCACGCGGCCGCGCCGCCUCGUCCGGGAGCUGCCCGACCUUGACGCCGGCCGCCUGCAUCGCCUCAUCCGCGGCGGCGACCUCGCGCCGUGCUUCGACGCGGCCGAGGACGCCGGCGACGGGCGAGCGGAGGAGUGCCCGAUUUGCUUCUACUUCUAUCCGAGUCUGAAUAGAUCCAAGUGUUGCGGCAAAGGGAUCUGCACCGAAUGCUUCUUACAGUUGAUGCCAUCCAAGACUUCUAAAGCUGUCCACUGUCCUUUCUGCAAAACCAAGUCUUACGCAAUUGAAUACCGAGGUGCCCAACCAACAAGUGAGAAGAAAAUUAAACAGCAGGGAGAACAAAAAGUCAAUGAGAGCAAAUUGAGAAUACAUUCAAAAUCUCAAAUUGCUGGCAAAAUUAGUCUACCUUAAAAUUAGCGAGUCCAAUUUUUUUUUUAAACCGAUGCAAGCUCACUAACUUAUUGGUAAUUUUUUUCUUAUCUUUGAUGAAAGCUUUCAUGACAGCCAUUACUCAUGAUCCUAACUGAGUUGUUUGGAUAUCAUUUUGCUCAGAAAGAGAGUCUGAUUCAGCUUGGGUGGCUCUGCACUGCAGUCCACUGUAUACUGAAGCAAAAUAUUCUGCUAGUGGCUGUAAAAGAAUGAGGAGUUGGUGUAGAAUUGUACGUUGAUUCUAUAGGAGUCUCUGAAGACAAAAAUUAAGCUCCAAGUGUUUUGUCCUUGAUUACAUUAGUGGUGAUCAAGACCUCCACGUCAGCAUCCAGUAUCUGACAGCAAUUACUUGGAUUCCAUGCGGUGCGCUUAGACAUUUCAAGAUCAUUGUAUUAUUUUUUUGCCUUUAACAACUCAAUUACUUUUCUGUUUUUAAUAAAAAAUUGUUAGUGAUGGACAUUUUCUCAUCCUACUGCUGUUACGUUCAGAAUUUGAUAGCCUUUGCAUCAAAUGUUUCCUCAACUUAGAAGCAAACUUUUUUCUCGUUUAGGAAUUCUUGGAACCAUACUAUGUUCGGUGACUCCAUUCCAAGUGCUUGUAGUCGAACUCUAUUUUGUCAGGAAACAUCCCUUUGUUGCAUUUGAAUCCGAAAAGCUGUUUCACAACUGAGCUGAAUAAGGUUUCAGAAGCAAGAAAUCUUUGCAACUUACUUGAGUUCCGCUUCCGUAGGACUAAUCAGAACCUGACCACAAAGCGAAAUUGCAUCCAUUUUUCGUGUCUAUGGCUCUAUGCACACCACGAAGCAUGCCCAAUUCUACUCAGUAUUGAGAGUCCUCUAGCGCAGAAAUUGGCAAUAGCACCCACUGAUUCAGACAAACCUCUCAUCACCUCCUAGUACAAGACGAACCGCCAAUGGCGAAGUUCCAAAGCAUUAGGUCGCCUUCACAUGCACCCGUGAAGGAAUCCAGCCACCUUUUACAGUAAGCAUCAUGUGCAGCAAAUAUACAUUAUUCAAGAACUGCGGCUAUAAAUAUAGAAUCGCAGCCUGAGCACACCAUCAGCCAUCAGGAAACACAGGCUUGAUCGGUGAUCAGCAAUGGCCUCGAACAGAGUCCUUGCUCUUGCCGUUCUUGUGGUGCUAGUCUCUGUAGGCGUUGCAAACUGCAGGCCGGUGAGGAGCAAUCUAGGCCUCGGCAUUGGCGCCGGCGGAGGCCUCGGCAUUGGGCUUGAUCUUGGGUUGGGUGGUGGUGCUAGCUCGGCGUCCAGCUCAGGCCAGGGAUCGGGCUACGGUGCCUGGUCCGGUCCAAAUGGUGGUUCGUAUGCCGCAUCUGGGCAUGGGUCGGGCACGGGCUCUGGGUUUGGGUACGGCUCCGGCUCUGCCUAUGGAGGAGCCGGGAAUGGGGGCUCAGCUUCUGGUUGUGGCUCGGGCACAUCACCGUGCUCGGGCUCGGGUUUGGGCUCGGGGUCGGUCGGCUUAGGCACAUCUAUCAACGUCGGUGUCGGUGUUGGUGCAAAUGGUGGAAUUACUGGUAGUGCAGAUUGUAAUACUGGUUCUGGCACGGGCUUUGCAUCGGGCGGAGGCUCGUAUCGUUCACGUGGGCACGAGUCAUCCAAUGUUGGUAAGGGUUCGGUUUCAGGGGUUGGUUUAGGCGGAUCCACUGGGUUUAGUAGUGGUUCUAAUGUUGGGCCAAGCGGUGGAUGCUCUAAUUGUGGGUCUGGGUCAGGCUCAGGAUCAGCUGGUGGCUCGUACUCGGGAUCAGCUGGUGGCUCUGGCUCAUCCGCUAGCUCCGGCUCUGGGUCUGGCAUGAGCACAAGCUCAGGCUUCGGUGCAUCUGGUUCUGGUUCGAGCUCUAUGGCGGGAUCAGGCUCGUCAUCCGGAUCUGCAGGAAUGUCCUACGGCUCCUCAGGUGCGGGUUCAUCGAGUGGAGCGAGCAGCAGCUCUAACUCAAACUUCGGCUCCGUAUCAGGUGCUGGCUCGAGCUCUGGCUCCUUCAGCGCAUCAGGCAGUGGUUCAAACUCCAUAUCUAGCUCGGGGUCAAGCUCUGGCUCCAACGCCGCAUCUGGCUCGGGCUCUGGUUCUAGCUCGAGCUCGUGGUCUGGCUCCGGCUCUAGCGCUGGUUCCAACGCAGCGCCCGGCAACGUGGCUCAAACAGGCGCAGGCUCGAGCUCCGAAUCCGGCUCGUUCUCCGGCGCCAACGCUGGCUCAAACUCGAACUCGGGCGCAUGGUCCAACUCCAACUCCGGGGCUAGUUCAACUACGUUAUCCGGCUCCGGAGCUGAUGCUGGUGCCAGUUCAAACGCUGGCUCGAGCACGAGCUCCUGGUCCGGCUCCGGCGCAAACUCUGGCUCCUUCUCAGGUGCCGGGUCGUCGAGCUGGUCGAGCUCGUCGUCUGGCUCCACCUCCAGCUCGGGUUCUGGGUUCGGCCAGGGCUUUGGCGCAGGCCAAGGGUUCGGAGGCGGGUUUGGGCCUGGAGCCCGCCCGGGAGGCUUCGGCAUGGGUGGCGGCGGAGCGUUUGAAGCCGGGUACGGGUUCGGCGCCGGAGCUGGCGGCGGGAACACUGGUUGGGUUAAGAAGCACCAUUAAGCUACUUUGGAAACGUGAGGUGUUGUUGGUCCAGGGAAUAAGCUCGUGUAUGUCCUCGCCACCGGCCACGCCGUGUGUCGCCACUGUUGUCCUUUCGGCCUCGUAACCAAAUGUGAAGUGUCAACGUGAAUGGAGAAGAAAGAUGGACUCAUUUG